AUGGCGCCAGAAUACACACUCACAGGGAGUUUCAGUCUCAAGAGUGACGUGUACAGCUUUGGGGUUAUACUCCUAGAGCUCCUCACUGGACGUAAACCUGUGGUCCGGACCGAGCCUGGAGGUGUGGAGAGCCUCGUGCAGUGGGCCAGGCCGCUGCUUGCCGAACCUAGGCUGCAGGUUCGGCAGCUCGCGGAUCCGUCGCUGGAGGGGAGGUUCGACGAGGGGAGUCUGGUUCGGGUGGCUGCUGUGGCUGGAAUCUCCUCUCCCAUUCACUUCCACAUCCCUCCACGCCACUUCUUCCCCCUCUCCCCAUCUCAUCCCCUCUCUUCCAUCUAUGCCCCACGCCACCAUCCCUCCUUCCCACCGCCCCACUACCCCUCCCCAGAUAUACCUUCCCCAGCUGCCGCCUCCCCUGCUUCUUACUUAUCAGCAGAGGAUGGGUUUGAAAACCCGUGGGGAGGGGAGAGUAUGAGGGGGGGCGAGGGGAGUGGGGCAGGGGGGGUUGCUUUUCCCCUGCUGCCGCCUGUGCCAGAGACAGAAAGAGCUUCAAUGCCAAGACUGCUGAGAAUGACUGUUCAAGGGCUUGACUACAGGGUUGGCGUGAGUGGGGCAGGGGGGGGUGCUUUUUCCCUGCUGCCGCCUGUGCCAGAGGCAGAAAGAGCUGCAAUGCCGAGACUGCUGAGGACGACUGUUCAAAGGAUUGGACUACAGGUGAGACCUGCUUGCAGUCCCACUUCCCCAUCCCAGAUAUACCAUCCCCUGCUGCCGCCCGUGCCAGAGGCAGAACGGUCAGCCAUGCCGAGACUGCUGAGGACGACUGUUCAAAGGAUUGGACUACAGGUGAGACCUGCUUGCAGUCCCACGUCCCCUCCCCAGAUAUACCAUCCCCUGCUGCCGCCUGUGCCAGAGGCAGAAAGAGCUGCCAUGCCGAGACUGCUGAGGACGACUGUUCAAGGGAUUGGACUACAGGUGCGGAAGCACGAAUGGGUGCCUGGUGCGUAG